UAAGAACUGUCUGUGUUUACAUCUAAUGUAAAAAUCAGUGGGAAAUGCGUUACGUACAGGUGCAACUUACCUGUACGCUUCGAAAAGUUACGUGAAAAUAUGUAAUAUCACUGGUCUGCAUACUGUUUCUGCUUUGAAAAGAAUUCUGCAUAAUAAAAUGUUGUCAGUUGUUUUUGCCUAUUUUGAGGAACAGCAAUGUUUACAAGAUGUUAAGCCUAUCUGUGUAAGCAGUAAUAAGAUCAAAAAUGACUUUUGAAACUUACUUUAAUUACGUGAGGUUUAAUUUUGUAUUUCAGAUGGCAUCCAAAAUAUUUUGGCUCCUUUUGGUUGUAAUACUCAGUAUUUCAACUUUUGGCUUCUGGAUUUGCAGUAUCCUAAUUAUUUCUUUUAUGACUACAUUCACAGGGUUCGUAGUUACAUCAUACUAUGAAAAAAAUAGACGAAUAUAUAUAAAUUUUAAUUCUGCACGCCAGAAACCAAAAAGAAGACCGCUUCCUAUUCUUGGUAUACCUAAAGUUGUUGCUCAAAUGAGUUCUUCAUUUGGAUGUCUAAAGUAUGAUCAGCGCCUUACUGGAUCAAAUGAAAUUGAUGAGCCAUUGCGAGAGAUCAUCAUAUAUAUUUUGCGAGAUUUUAUACAAUCAUGGUAUAAAAGUGUUUCAUCAAAGGAAGAUUUCCUCAUUGAUCUGAAUGAAAUGUGUAGAAGAAUGAUAAAUAAUUUUUCCAACAAUGCCAAGCAAGUAAAUUGGCUUUCAUUCUUUACUCAAGGAGUUGUUGAAGAAUUUACUUCACAUCUCAGGUUAUAUCGCCAUGCUGAGUUAAUAGUAAAAAAGAAGCAAAAAGAAAAACUUAGUAACCCUCCAAGUAUCGAAUCAGUAUUCUUUGAUUUAGAAACUAAUGCAGAGGGCAGUAUAUGUAGAGAGAAUGUUUGCACUUCCAGUGAAAGUGAAAUAGCUUAUCUGAGAUAUAUUAGUGAUGUUGUUUUGUAUCUGUUGCUUCCACCUGAUGAUUUCAAUAACAGAGUGCUAAAGCAAUGCUUAAGAGAAGUGUUGUUGUGUUCAGUACUACAACCAUUAAUUUCUCAGUUUUCUGACCCUGAUGUGAUAAAUCAAAAUUUGAUUUGGAUGUGCAAAGAUCAUCCGCUCUCAAGCAAAUCCUUGCUAAGUGUCUUAAGGCGAACAGAUAAUAAUGAAGAACUAAAUUCAUUUUUUCAAAUUUGUAAGCAUGAGCUCAAAGUACAGAAUGCUAAAGAUACUGGGGAUAAAGAUGAGAUGAAGAAGUACAUGAGAAGUAUUAUGUUUGUUCAAAAUAUUGCACGCCAGCGGUACGACAAACUUGUAGGUCUUUCUAAAGCUGUUGAUACAGAUUUUGCUGAAUUUUAUUUAGAGCGUGAUUGUACAGAUUCACUUCACUUAGGAAACAGUGCAAAACUUGUUUCACUUCCAUUCGAUGUGAUUCUCAAUAAUAAUAUUGCCUUACAUUAUUUUACUCAAUACCUGAUUAGUAUAGAAGCUGAAGGUUAUGUAUUUUUGUAUCAUAAUAUAGAAAGCUUUCGUACUACAGUUGGACUACUAGCGGAAGAUGUUUUACCAGAUCAACAAUCAAUCAAUGAAAAAUUAAGAGAUUUAGCUCUCCAAAUAUUCGACACCCAUCUAGGAGCUAAUGCAACUUCUAGAGUUAAUUUGGAUGAAACUCUACUCAGGAAACUUUUAUCUCGAUUGAAGACUGAAACCAUAGCUGAAACAUGUUUCGAUGAAGUACAGGAAAAGGUUUACGAAAUUUUAGAGAACGAAUUCUAUCUAACUGGCUUUAAAGACUCGAAGCAGUAUGUCAAACUUUUAGCUGAAUUGGAUUUACUUCAUGAUUUAAACUCAAGUAGUGAUAUUGAUAGUUUAUCAUCAUCUAAAUCUGAAGAAGAAGAAAAAUUUAACUGUGAUACUGUGGUACCUACUGACGAGGAAAUGUUAAAUGAACUUCUGGCUGUAGAAAUUUCUCCUGAAGAUUUUGAUUUUCCAGAUAUUUCCUCUGGCCCAUUAUUAGAAGAAGCAAAAGAAAUUGGUACAUUAUAUGCUGAAGUGCAUAGCACAGGAAUUACUCAUCAUGCUGGGAGAACUUUUGCUGUUUAUGCAAUAUCUGUUUGUCAUCAACGGAUUGAUGGUCCUGAAGAAAAGUGGUUUGUCAUUCGCCGCUACAGUGAAUUCUAUGAUUUCCAUGAAUUACUUGUGUCUAAGUAUCCAGUUUUAGCUUCUUACAAUUUUCCACCAAAGAAACCUUUCAAUAAUUUAAGUCGUCAGCUUAUGGAGAAAAGACGACAUAUGUUGAAUGGUUUUAUUCAGUUUUUGUUUUCACCUGAAAUGCUUGCUGUAUGUGAUGGUCUAAAUCUUCUGGUUUAUAAUUUCCUUCAACCUAAUGUGUCUGAAAACAAAAAGAAGUCUUUUAUAAGAUCAGUUGUGAAUCCUUUCAAAACAUCUGUUAAAACAGUUAGCCAAAUAGUAAAAAUGGUGCCUGAUACAUUUUUUGAGUUAAAAGGUGGUCUUGUUAGAAACAUUUUCAGAAAUAGUGAAAUUGAUUCGUGUGAUGUUCCUGAUGGAAAAUUUUUGCCUUUUAAAAAUUCUAGGCCAGAGGAUAUUCCAUUUAGAAUAAUCCUUUUGUUGAUGGAUGAAGUUUUUAAUUUAAGGAAUAAAGAUCUUUGGUUCCGUAGACGAAUAAUGGCUUUGCUUCGACAAAUCAUCAAAACUAUGCAAGGGGGUGCUAUAAAUAGAAAAAUAAAAGAAUACAUACGAGGUCUGACAAGUGUCACUCAAAUAGCAGAGUGGUUAAAAAUUUUUUGUGCUAGUGUUUGGCCUGAUGGGGUGUUGGCUGGACCAUCACCAGAAAGAGACCAAAAUACAAAGUUAAGAACAUGCAUUGCUGCAAAGACAUUGCUUUUCAGUGCUAUCCCUGAUGAAUUGAAACAUAUAAUUGGGUAUGAAACAUCAUUUAAAGGUGCCAUGCUUAUUUUCAACAUGUUUCAAUAUCCAUCACUGAAUCGCCGUUUACUUUUUGUAUUGCUUGAAAACUUCCUUAUUGUGCUGUUUCCAGAAAAUAAAAUGCCAGAAUUAUUUGAAAAAUUGCACUUGCCAUCUGCUAGGCUCAAGAAAGUGUAUACUGCUUCAGUAGAUAAAAUUAAUAGAGAUCAGCAAAUUGCUCAAGAUAUUUCAAAAGUGAUUGAGUCUAAUCCAGAUGAAAACUUUGAAACUAAACUGAAUGAAAUCAAGGAUAAGCCUAGUGUUAAAGUACGUAAAGAGCCAAAGAAUAAGCUGAGUUUCCAGUGCCUUUCUCAGCAGAAUUCGCUUCCUAGUCCAAAGCCAAAGAGAAGGAAGAAGUCUGUAGAAAAAGCUAUUUUUUACACUGAAUUACCUGAAAAUGAGGAUGCAGUUAUUCUACCCAUGAGUAGAUGACAACCAAUUCCAGAUGACUGGCUUUUUUAUUUGUAUUCAUUAAAGCCUGUAUUAUUUUUAAUUAUAUUACUAUGCCAUUAUCUAUGUUUUUAUGGACAAUUUAAUGUUUAUUUUCCAUUUAAUGGCAUUCCUAUUUUUAUAUACUUUUAAAACUAUAUUAUCAGGGAAUGAUUUCAAUUGAGAAAUGUAAUUUAUAUUUAAGUCAAUCCAUUUUUGAAAUUUUUCCAAUGGAAGAUACUCUUGUUAUUCCUUCAUUGUUCUUUUGAUUUAUCCGUUUUACUGUUAUUUGGUUAUUUAAUUUAUUAUGAUUAUUAUUAAUUAUUUAAUAUAUUUUUUUUAAAUAUGUUUGCCUGCUGUGUUUUAAAUGCUAGUCAAAAAAGGGAGAAAACUGGAAAUAUGAUUUACAGUGAAAAAGUUAAUAAUAAUCGAAAGAAAAUUGAAAUUAAUCAUAAAAAGCCAUAAAAUAUUAAAUUUUAGCUAAAAUAUGUUAGUCAAGUGUAACAUAAUUUUGAGGACUUAAAAAUUUCUUCCAUUUAAGCUUAUGAAAUAAUCUGAAUCAUUGAUUAUUUGUUCAAGUUAGAGUGUAUUGAAAUGUUUUUGCUUAAGCUGAAUCAUAAAUCUUAUGCUAUAUUUACAUUAUAUAUAUAUAUAUAUUAUCAGUAUAAUAAUUAUUAUAUAUGUAAGCAUGGUUUUAAAAAUUUUCUUUUUAAUUUUUAACUGACUAUUAUGUUUAUAUAUACAUAAAAACUUAAAGCAUCUAAAGCAAAUA